GAUGAAACUUCUCUACGCACACUGCAAUUUUUGUCUCUAACGAUGAGUGCUGACCAGAAACCAAAAGUGCUCCUAUUUGGCGUCGGCAGCGUUGGCGCCGUGUACCUCUACCUCCUCUCCAAAGUCGCUUCCACAACCGCGGUAUGCCGAUCCAACUACGAUAUCGUCAAGGCCAAUGGCUUCACCAUUCAUUCAUCUAUAUUCGGCGACAAUCUGCAUAUCCAGCCCAACGUUGUGCGGAGUUGCGAUGCAGCCGCUUCGCAGGACACUAGACCAUUCGACUACAUCCUCGUCUGCUGCAAAGUCAUCCCUGGAGUUCCGAAUCUCAUCAAGCCAGCCGUCACACCAGGCCGCACCGUCAUCGUGCUCAUACAAAACGGGAUAGGCAUCGAAGCCGAGUACGCCACGGCCUUUCCCAACAAUCCCAUCGUGACCGGCGCAGUAUACUGCAAGACAACGCAACGCCCCGCUGGAGUCGUUCGGCACGACGAAGUUGAGCUGCUAGAGCUCGGCAGCUAUCCUUCUUCAGCCUCAAAUGGACACGCAGAGGCCUUCGUCAAGCUCAUACAAUCUACCGGCGCGACCGCUGAACUCCACGACGAUGUGCAGACCAAGCGCUGGUACAAGCUACUCGUCAACGCAUCCUGGAACCCCAUCUGCGCGCUUACCAUGUGCACCGACGUAGGAUUCCUGCAAAGCUCGUCACUAGCCACUACCUUUGUUCUCGACAUUAUGCUCGAAGUGUGCGCGAUCGCGGACGCGUACGGAUACACGUUUCAGAGGGAGGAGGCCGAGUAUCAGCUCGCGAGGGCGGUGGCGAGGAUUGAGAGGGGGAAUGCGGUCGAGCCGAGUAUGCUCCAGGAUGUGAGGGAGGGGAGGAGGAUUGAAGUCGAGGCUAUUGUUGGGAAUGCGGUGAGGAUGGGGAGGGAGAGGGGGGUGAGGUGCGAUAAGUUGGAGUGUUUGUAUGUGCUUGCGAAAGCGCGGGAUGCGCAGCUGGGGAGGGACAAGGCGGAUAACUUGGUCUGAAGCCAUUCGACGCCUUGAGCGAAGGCCAUUCGUACGUUCUAUGAGUUGAUAGCUGACGUCCCGACAUUCCCGUCCUCCCAGCAUUGACGGUGCUCGUCUGUCUCAGGCUCGGACGUACUCUCCCUUUCACUUCAGGAUCGAGACAGUAUCUAGGCACGCAGUGUGAGUUAAUCGCACAAUGACCCCCGAAGUGACCGUAGACAUCAGGAUGUCCCGGUUUCGACAUUAGGAAGCCAACCCUGAAGACCUUCAAUCGAUGAAACAGAUUCAAAAUGCG